AUGGGUGUGAUGGCCGUCCGUCUAUUCAUCACGAUUCUCCUCCUUUUCCAUCAAAGUUCAUCGUCGAUUCAACAAAGCGAUCAAGUGGAUCCACCCACAUCUCCGAAUGAUCGAGAUGAGAUUCUGUCUGGUGAUCGUCGUACUUUGAACAGUAAAAAGGAUUGUCCGGAUACCGUCCUCUUGGGAUCUUGUCGAAGAGAAUUGAAUCAAACCGAAUCAAAACUCGUCGAGGCUCGAGCAAAAAUCUGCGGUCUCGAGACGGAAAUUCAAUGUGAACAAAAGGAAAGAAGUGAUGAAUUCACGAAGAUCAACUCGAAAAUCUCGCAAAGUGAUGAUCGAUCGACGAAGAUUGGUGCUGAUUUGAAAGGGAUAGAUUCGAAAGUCGCGGAAAUGUCAAGGACCAUCUCCGCGAGAAUGGCCCAAAACGAGGCGGAUUUAAUGGGGAAAAUCGCCGAGACGAAAAGGAAGAACGACGAUCUCGAAACACAAUUAAAAACUCAAAAUACGGAAUUGAGAGAUGGAAAAACCAUGAUUGGAGAGCUCGACGGGAAAAUCAACGCGUUGCAGAGCAAGAACUCUGACCUCGAAACCCAAAUACAAUUUGAAAGGGAAAACAAGACGGCCGAAAUUGCGAAGUUGAGGGCGGAUUUAAAUCGAACGAUGUCUUUCUUGGAACUGUAUCGGGAUCGAUGGUCGUAUUUGGCAAAAACCGCUUCUUGGUACAAGGUUAUCGAUCAAGGAAUGACAUUUGAUGAAGCGGUGGCAUAUUGUGCGAGUCGAAAGAGCCAUCUAGUCUCCAUUCACAGUCAGGAAGAAAACGAUUUUGUUUGGAAACUCGCGAAAAAUGUUCAUUCAAAUUGGGAGUUCUGGAUCGGACUGAAGAGAAAUCCGAACAAAGGAAAUGCUUUUGAAUGGACGGAUGGAAGUUCGGUGGAUUUCACGAAUUGGAUGGUUGGAGAGCCGGAUUCGAACACCCACGCUGAGCUUGGGAGCGGCCAUGGGCAAUGGAUGGUCUGGUCUCCUACCCAUCAACGUUAUUUUAUCUGCAAAAGGAGCUCUCAAUUC